AUGCGUUAUGAUGCCUUGUAUGCAACGCAGCAGACUGUGGACUUUGAGAGCAAGUGGUAUCAACAAGCUGCGGCGAUUAGGGAGAAGCACAAAGACAUGUUCAUCUCAAGGAUGACCAAGACAAUCUCCCAGAACAAGAAGCUUUCACGCCGUCAAAAGAGAGGAUGGUUCACGAAAGAACAGAUGAAGUCAACUUUGAGUUGGUCUGCGUCUUACAUCAAGAAUGCGGUGGACUAUUGUGAGAAGCCUGGCAAUGAACGCCUGUGCAAGCGUGACCGCUACAACAAAAAGCUCAAGAAGUACUAUGUUGUGUACCAGGAGGAUGAGGAAGAACUGAGUGAAGAUGAAGAACGCAGAGAGCACACCACCAAUGAGGCGACGGACACUGCCCUGGAAUUCCAGAUGCUUGGUCGUGCCGCAGAGGAGGAAUCUGGAUCUGAGGAUGAGGAUUCUUCGAAGGAAAAGGAUGCAAAGUUGGCCAACAAUGGCUACAAGGAUUCCUUUGGUAGAUGUGGUGUGCAUGUGAAAUAUUGGUGCGUCAAGGAGUUGGAGUCGUCGAUCGAUAUCCUCAACCAGCAGUACGAAGCCUGCGAGCUGAUCAAGUAUGAUGUCUCAGGUUUGUCCCAGGCCAAUCUUGGAGAGACUCAGGAGAAGCAGAACCUGCUCAAGAUCCUGAAGAAGGGCAAUGAGAGUCCAAAUGAUGUGGAUCCUGUCCUGGCUGGCUUUGCGAAGCUCAUAGCUCAUGGAGCCGAUGAUCGCCUUCAGCUGCAGAAGUUUGCCAAGUCAUUUUCGGCUGAUUCCUUCGAUUGGAGCUUAGUGAGACGCAUGAAUCUUUUGAACCGAUGCCUGCCAAGCGGCCAAGCUGCGAAAGCCUGUUGCAAGCACGUGGUGGAGACAGCCAAAAGUGAGGUUGAAACCAACCGAAAUGCUAGCAGGGCAACGCGAGAGUUUGCAGCCAUUAGGCUGGAGGAUGCAGAGGUUGGUGUUCGCAGGGUUCUCGUUAAGUACUGUUUAACUGCUGCAAUUCCAAUUUCUUGGAUUGAUUUGGGUGAAGAGCCCCACCAAAAGAACUUUCCUUGGGUCAAAUUGUCAAGCUGGGCACAGCACCUCUUAGACACUGGCCUUUUGCCACGUGUGCUGGUUGGCGUGAAUGACUUUGCCACUAUGAAAAUAGUUUUGACUGAAUUUUGGUCUCGCUAUGAAGAGAUGGAUGCUGGCCACCCUGUUUUUGCUUUGGAAAGAAAUGGCAUCGUUUGCCGUGACCGCUUGGUGCCCUUUUAUUCGCACAGCGAUGAAGGUACAACAUUUCGAGAUGCAGCCUUGUGGGUGUUGAAUGUCCAUGGUGUCAUUGGACGUGGCACCAGAUCUUUUUUGGGAUCAGGGAAACACCGUGCUCCAGUCCACCGAAAUGCAAUGGGCUUGAACUACCUUGGAAACACAUGGGGCACCCAUUGCCUCAUUGCGACAAUGAUGAAAUGCGUAGCUUCACCGGAAACUUUGAAUGUGUUGCUGUCUGCCUUUGCAGCUGAUGUGAAAGAGUUGCUGCAUACUGGGAUCACCAAUGGUGCCGAGAGGGUAUGGAUGUACCAUCUAGCUGCAAAAGGUGACCUACCAGCACUUUCCAAAAUUGGCAAUCUACUUCGGACUUUCGGGCAUGCUCCGAGGGCAGCUCGCUCGAGGAAGCCUUGCAGAGGUGUUUGCUGGCUUUGUCUUGCUGGCCAAGAGCGAGAUGAUGCACAUGGUCGUGAAGCUUUUCCUUUUGAGGAUAUGUCGAUGUCACCUUGCUGGGAGCCUACCAUUUACAAGGAGCUUCCGUGGGUAACGACUCCGAAAAUCUUGGAAGGCCUGGACCUGGACGAUGCAAGGGCAAUUGAAUUCUUUCAAACCGAUUUCUUCCACAAUGCCCACCUGGGGACACUGAAGAGUUUUACAUCAUCUGCUCUUGUGAGCUUUGUCGAAUCUGACCCUCCUUUGCCAUGCCUGGCGCAUUGCAAUUCCGUUGAGGCAAAGUUCCAAGAGCUGACCAGGAUGUACAAAAGUUUUUUUGCUAGCCGGGGUUGCAAACCAUGGGUCAAUGAGCUGAAUCGUGACAUGGUGUGCUGGCCAAUGUCUUCUGCUUGCCCAGCGGCCAAGUGGAACAAGGGCAUGGCAACAGUGCAGAUCAUGAGGUUUGUCGCUGCUGGUGCAAAGGCGAUGAAUGUGGCAGUGACCUUCCUCUACAACAAUGGCUUGUGGCUGAGAGCUUCCAAGGCCAAAAAACUGUCUCGGUGGCUAUUCUGCUUCCUCGGGCAUUAUGCCAUUUUGGCACAGAAGACUUUGGAGGCAGGCAAACGCCGCUACCCAGUGUAUCCGAAAGGACAUAUGCUCUGUCAUGCUGCCUUGAAGUUGCUUCGCCUUGCUGAAAGGUGUCGCUGGCAUGCCAGCAACAAGAGGACUACAUUGGAAAGCCAUCUCGUACUUCGCGCAGAACCAAUGUUCGUCAAGCCCACCGAAGCAUUUUAUGGAGAA